AUGACGAGCACGACGAGCGAGCCCGCCGUCGAGCAACUCGCAAAGAAGAAGGGCAAGCUCAUCCGCCCGAGAGGCAAGAGAGGCGGCAAAAAGCAUCAGAGCAAAGCCGCUCUAGCCGCUGCAGCUGAGGUAGUAAAGGCGGCAAAGAAGAAAGCAGCUCGCGGCCCAUCGGAACAUUCGAUUCGCAUCGCCCACUUCCAUUGCCUUGAGAAAGAGAAGGCCAGACUCAUCUCUGGCAAAGGCAGCGAUCAGGGACAAAGCGCAGAGCUGCGUCUGGCAGAGAUUGAGCGCGAGCAGGCUGAGCUUGGCGGGUUGGACGCAUAUCAGGAUGACAGCCUGGCGGGGAGUGCAAGUCAUCGUGGUGGAGAGAGCGGAAAAUGGCUGGUCCAGCAGGUCAUCAAGCUGAGGGGCAAAGAGACGGUGAGUCUCCGCCUCUUAGACGUAGGCGCUCUCACCGGUACAUCCUAUUCGUCGUACUCCUUCAUCAACCCUACAUACAUCGACAUCAACCCACGUGCAUCGCAUGUCAUUCAGAACGACUUCUUUGACUUUCCACUACCCGCGCAGAGCGAGGAAAAAUACGACAUCGUCUGCCUCUCCCUCGUCCUCAACUUCGUCGGCGACUUGGCCAAGCGAGGCGAGGCAUUGGUCAGGGCGCAUGGAUAUCUCAAGCCAGAGGGCAUGCUUUACCUCGUAUUACCGCUCGCAUGCGUGGCAAACUCUCGCUACCUGGACCACGGGCGGCUGCAGGCUAUCCUCGAGUCAUGUGGGUGGGAUGUCCUCGUCAACGAUGACUCGGCGCGAUUGACUAGGUGGUUGCUGAAGCGCAAAGAGGAAGUCAAGGGGGGGAGCAAGGCAAGAGGUGGACCAUGUUGGGAUGGGACGCAGUGGAAAAAAGAGGAGAUCAAAGUCAGCAAGACGGCAAACAACUUUUGUAUCAAGGUGGACCAGCCAGAGCAACCGCCAAAACGGCCGGCGAAGCGCGCCAAAUAG